UCUUGUUUCACUCUAAAAUCCCCAACACCACCCCAGUUUUUCUGAACUAUCAAUUUUCCCAUCUUUGCCUUUCUUCUCCUUCUAAUUUCUCAAAUGGGGACUCUUAAUUGUCCUUCUGUUCUGUUGAGUCUGCCUUAAAGUCCUCCGAAAUGCAUUCUUUAACUUCCUAAUAAAAUACACAUCUGAGCCUUCUGUUAUUUAUUUGGUUUGGCCUUCAUAUUGUAGCUUUUCUUAUGGCUGUUAAGUUUAGUUCCUCCUCGUUCUCUUGCGCGACCAAUUCUCUUUUCCCUCCUAAACCUAGAAUGUCUUCCAAGAUGACCUUGUUACCGGAAACAUAUGACAGAAGGCACUACGAAAUUCUGCAUCUUCAAAAUUCUAAAGUCAAGUCAUGCGUCUUUGUGUAUGGACCACUGAAAUUACAAGGAAGGUUUCAGAAGAGGCAAAAUGUGCAAUGUGCCAUUUCUGAGGAUCAGUCACGAUAUAUUGAGUUCAAAACAAAUUCUUCAGAACAAGUCAAUCAGCAUCUUGAUUCAGAAGAUAUCUCUUUAGCUGGUAGUUCAUCUAUCUAUCAUGAGGGAGCUAAUGGAAGACCUGGCUUAAUUUCCUUUUAUAAUCAUCCAUAUAAAAUUAAGGAUGAGGUCAAUAUAUCUGAUUUGCAAAGGAGUCAAAGCAGUCUAUUAUGGUUUGUUGGUCCUGCUGUCCUUGUGGCCUCUUUUAUUUUUCCUUCACUUUAUUUACGGCGAAUAAUCUCCACAAUAUUUGAGGACUCUCUUUUGACAGAUUUCUUGAUAUUGUUCUUUACAGAAGCUCUCUUCUACUGUGGUGUUGCGGUAUUUCUUCUGCUAAUAGACCAUCUCAGAAGGCCUAUUGGGCCAGAUUCUGCUGCAAAUGAUAAUAGAAACCUGUCUCCUCAAUCAGGACAAUGGAUCUCUUCUGUUGCUGCCCUGGUACUCAGUCUAAUAAUUCCUCUUGUGACAAUGGGCUUGGUCUGGCCAUGGACGGGCCCUGCUGCUUCUGCUACUCUCGCUCCAUACCUGGUUGGUAUUGUUGUUCAAUUUGCAUUUGAGCAGUAUGCAAGAUAUCAGAAAUCACCAUCAUGGCCUGUCAUUCCAAUUAUUUUUCAAGUGUAUAGGUUGCACCAGCUGAAUAGAGCAGCACAAUUGGUGACAGCCCUGUCAUUCACAGUGAGAGGAGCUGAAAUGACUGCACACAACUUGGCAAUAAACAAAUCUUUGGGUGCAUUAUUGAACGUCCUUCAGCUCCUUGGGGUUGUCUGCAUUUGGUCACUCUCAAGCUUCCUGAUGAGGAUUGUUUUGUUAAAGAUGCUAAAAGCAGUAAAGAUCUGAAAAAGGGCAAGUAUUGUGCUGCUAUAUCUCCAUGUUUAUGUUUGCCGGGACCUAUUUUUGACUUUAUAUGACUGGAAUGCUGGACAGCAUUUAGUUUUUAUGAAAAAAACAUUUGUGACUUGUAAAUUGAGAAUCUUUUGUCAAUUGUCAUAGAUUGGCCAUAUUCAACAAUUGUUACAAAAGUCUUUAAAGGGAUUAAAAUCAUGUAGGUUGCUUACAUGGCAUCCACACCUGGCUUCCUUUGGCAUCAACUUACUGGAUUGUGUAUCAAAAUAAAUCAUUGAAAUUUUUUAUUGUAUAGAUACUUUUAGGUUGAUGUAUCAUGUAUUGAAUCCAAGCUGUAAUAUUUCCUUGCUUUCUGAAAUUAUAUCGAAUAGAAAUAAUGGAUAGCCACAUAUUUUUGUUUA